AAUAACAGUGCAUAUUAGUGUCGAACUCAAAAGAAAAUUGGCAUAUGAUAUAGGAAAAAAAAAUCUGGGAAGAGUUGUUCCCUCAGAUAUAGGAUUGUAUUUCAGUCAUUGAAAUAUCAGCAUUAGCAUGGUUCCAAAUUUCAAGCAUCAAUGGGAACGAUAGGGUCUCCUUCGAAAUGAAAAUCAAAAAAUAUAUUCCAAAAAAUAAAAAAUCCAGUCUAAAAUACACCAAAAAGUGUUCCCUCAGAAAAUAGGUUCCAAUCAUGAAUCAAUCAGAAAUACAUUAGCAUGAUUUUAAACAGAAACAUCAACGGGAACAAUAAAACUAGAUCGACGAAAUUGAAACAAAAAAAAAAUGAAAAAUUCAAAAAGAAAACAGUAGAUUACCGGAAAAAAAAAUGGAGAAUCGAUUCCGGCUCAGACAAAUGUUGGUUGGAUGGGAGUAUAUUCCCGGACCUUGAAGGUCUCAUAAUGAGCUGGGAUUAAAACACUUAUCAUCAUCGGCGGCAGAAAUUAUAAAGAACACAAAAUGAAAAAGAUGAACACAAAACGGGGGAGCGGCGAUGAGACGCCGUGGAGGAGAAGGGUGUUUAGGAUUUAUAAAGGGCGGAUUAGGGUUUGCCCAGUACGUCUAUUUCGAAACUGGGCCGGAAGUAUUUUACGUCUCGAAAGAGACUAUUAAAUGCUGGGUAUAAAAAAUAUAUAUAUGUUAAUGAAACUGAUACAAUUAU